CCACUUCCGCUGAGAUUGUGGUCAGUGUCUGAAUCAGAUGUAACGGUACUGAGGCAAUGUGUGCAACCUUUUAGGUAAAUUAACCUUCAUCUACAUUUGAUAAGUGUCGAUUAGUUUUCAGUCUCGGACGUAAGAUGUGUAGCUGUUCGCUGUUUCGCUAAAAUGAUGUUUAAUUUGAACUAGCACGCAGCUAACGUUAGCAUCCUGCCAGAUCAAAACAGAGGGUGCAACAAUGAAAACGUCGAUCUAAGUUCGCUUUAAAUCACUUACACUUUUAUAAUUAACCUCAACGGUGGCCUAUUGAGUUGUCCCUUUAUGUAAGUUGUAAUGCGAACGAUAUCAUUGGAAAUAGAGACGAUUCUUAAAGUGAAUAACAUUUCAAGUUGCAAUCAACAGCCAACCUAUUUCUUGACGGACAACAAACGUUUAUCGCGAUAUUACCAUCGUGUCACGUUGUGUUGAGCAGAAGGCGGACUCCUCUCUAAAAGUCAUAACCGGUCUAACACCGUGGGCGUAGCUGUUUGGAAGUCAUCUACUUUUCUUUUUCAAACAAAUAUCUCCCAUUUUUUCAACAUUUAUUAUCAACAUUGAGUCAAUUUAUUUAAAAAAACAGUGUUUUUUCCGUUUGGUCUGAUCGAGAGCCGUGACGUCAUGAGGUUGGUUGGUUCACAUUCGCCACCUAACUAAAAGUUGGUGACAGCGCGAGCUCAAUGGACAACAAUGGACCCCGAGAUGUAAUGCGACGCCGAGGGGGUCACUUCUGUAUCGCCCCCGGAUGCAGCAAUGAGUUUUAUCGAGCCAAAGACGAAGGAAAGAGUGUCCGCUUUCACUCUUUUCCUUUUAAACGACAGGCGGUCCUUCGUCGUUGGCUCGCCGCGCUGAAACGAGAGAGAAGUUCAGUCCGGCGGGGCGCUCGGGUUUGCAGCGAGCACUUCGUGAACGAGGACUAUGUGGGGGAAAGGGUUAUUGAGUCUGGCGCACUGGUGGUCCGCCGUACCAAAAAACUGAAGACCGAGGCGGCUCCCUCUGUGUUUGACUUUUCCUCUCCAAAGGUUGGGUGUUCAACUCGUCCGGCCCAGUCCUCGAGCAAAGCCGUCACGUCAGCUCUGCGCCGUAAGAAAGGGGGCCGAGGACACGCCUACCUCAGACCGGAUCUGCAGAGAUUCAACUUUCUAAUCCCUCAAAAGAUACCCACAACAAUGUCAGCAGCCAUGGAUGCACAAGCAACCCCAGUCAUUUGUGAGGUCUGUGGAACAAUCUUUGAGACACGACGAGGGCUCUCCAGCCACGCCCGCCUCCACCUACGGCAGCUCGGUGUGACGUUGUCAGAAAGCAGCGGCGCUCCAAUUGAACUGCUCUACCAGCUCAUCCAGGAGAGAGGUGACUCCCUCCCUGAUUUCAAAGGAGACUCUGUGCAUGGGCCGACCCCACUCAAAAAAGCCCAGCAGCAGGGGUCUAGGACAUCUUCAGCACCAGAGGACAGGGGUGACUCCAGCAAAGCAGAGAGUAGAGUCAUGACUACACCACAAAAAAUGGAUCAUGCCAGACUAAAAGAGUCACAAACCUCUCUCCUCGCCUCGUCCCCCUCUGGUCUUAUGUCGGUUGAGUCCAGAAUAAGUGAAGGCAGCAGCUCAUCUUCAGAGCACCAAACCAAACCAUUGUGGGCGCCACUGGAAACUGACGCCCCCAUCACCUUAGCUUCAGAUGCCACCAAUGAGGUCCAUGUGUGCCAACUCUGUGGCUGCUGGUAUGGGACACGUAAAGGCCUUUCCGGUCAUGCCCGGGCACAUCUUCGCCAGAUUGGAAUCCCGGAUAGCGACAUCAAGGGCAGUCCUAUUGAUUUGCUUUACCAGAUCAUGGAAGAAGAGGACCUCAAGCCAAUCAGCAGCGAGCAACAGGCGGGAGCGAGCACCUCAAACAGUCCCUCUAAAUCCUCCUCGAAACGACCAUCCAAUCGGUCUGCUCCACCUGUGUCCCUACCCAGCAAACGUCCUAAAACAUCAGAGGACUUUACUUGUAUUCUGUGCGGGGAGAAGUUUGAGAAUCAUAAAGGCCUGGCCAUCCACGCACGCGCUCACCUGCGUCAGAUCGGAGUGGUUGACCUGCUGGGGAAAAGCUCUGCAAUUGACACCGUUCAAGAACUGGUCAGCAGUGGCAUGCUGGAAGCCGUACCCCCUCCCAAAAUGAACAGUGCAACAAGCUCAUCUGCAGCCCCGUCUCCCUCAACAUCCCUCUCCCCAAGCCCUGCAAAGUACGCUCGGUCUCCUGUUAACAGGGCCCCAAAGGCAAAGAAAGGCUUUAGGCUAGCAGUGGACCCCCUUCAUAGGAAGCCUAAGCCUGAGCCUGUGGAGAUUGAGGUGUCUGUUCAACCGAAGGGAUCCAGCACUAACAGCAACUCUCCUACGCAGAAGUCUCCUGCUGCUUCAAAGCAUCUGAAUGCAGAUGUCCAAUCCCCACCAACAGUCCUUUGCAAUUUCUGUGGACAGCUGUUUGAAACCCGCAAAGCCCUGUCAUGCCACGCCCGUGCGCAUCUGCGCCAGCUCGGGCUCACCUGGUCAAUCAGAACGUCGCCGAUUGAUCUCCUCAAAGAGGUCAUGAUGCGUGGUGAAGAAGGCAAGAAAGUGUCUGUGCCCACUGGGUCAUCAGGCAAAGCCACGUGCACCCCUCAAGGCUCCAGAAGGUCCCUGGACAGCCUCCAGAUGGGGGAACCAGCCGCCAACGCCUCCACAGCACCGCUUGAUUAUUCCAUGAAGGAGAAACCCUCGUCUGGCAGGAGUGGGGGCUCACACACCGACGCAUCCUGUGAGCUUUGUGGCUUUGACUUUGAAAACCGGAAGGCCCUGGCAAGUCACGCGCGGGCCCACCUCAGACAGCUAGGAAUCAUUGAAUGGAAGGCAGACGGCGCGAGCUCGCCUAUCGAACUCCUCAGUGAGUUGAUCCGCAGGGACCCAGUCAAGGUAGCAGCAAUAACCCAACGCUAUCGCAUGGGAGACCUUUACAUCAAGAAGUCCCAGAGAGGCACUGCUUCGCCCUCUCUGUCCACAGACUCUGACUCUGUCGCUGGCAGCAGCCUGAAGCCUUCGGUGGGCAGGGAGAACUUGGGUGUGACUGCCGGCUCAUCCAGACACUCAAACAGCCACACGCGGACUAUUGCAGCCCACGGCGACACCGGCGUGCGCUCCUCAAGGGGGGUCCACCCACCAAAACGUGUUGUGCCAGCAGGGGAAGAGAAUCACAACACCAAUUCCCAGCAGCCAUCACGGUCAGGCAGCAUCCCCGCUAUGCUACCAAAGCCCCCACUUACACCUCUGGUCAAACUGGUGGGCAAAGUCUACUCCCUCAAGUGCAGGUUCUGUGAGGAAGUGUUUCAUGGACCUCUGUCAGUUCAAGAGCGAUGGAUCACACACCUGCAGAAACACAUCCUGUCGCUGGGCUACAAAGGCAAAGCAUCUCCUCCGGCUGCACCAGUGGCAGCUCUAGCACUCGUCCAGCCAGUCGCUGUCUAGUCCACAAAGUCUCUGUAGUUCACAUUAAACAAGGUCAUCACUUUCCUUAACAAGGCCAUACUUUGAGGUUACUAACUGUCAUUAAAAAGUGCAAAUUUGAUGUUCCUUUUUUGUCCUAGAGAGGGCAAGCAUGAGCCAUAUGAGGAAAGCAGCAGAACGUAAUCCACUCAGGUAAAAUCCACUGAAUACAAUAGAUCACAAUACUGAUAACUGGAUGUUUUGGGGUUAAUAUCCAAAGCUGAUUCAUCCCUCAUUUCGUUGUCCAGUGCUUUCCUCCUCCUGCUCAUACUUCCUACUAUCUGUAUAGAUGUUGCAAAUUUGUUUCAGUGCGAUGUAUUCAAUGGUUGUCAUUAUUUAAUGUCGGACACUGAAAGAACGUUCCGGGUCAGUGAUUUUAUUUUAUUUGUUUUUCCUGCUGAGUAGACUGGUGUGUUCGUCCAUACACUUUAUCUCCUUUUAUAUGCUUUUGAAUUGUAUCUUGUAUUAUACAUUUAUUUUUCAGGGUUUUUACGUAAAUGGAAAUGUUUUGGAAUCACAAUACACUGAGAAAAGAAAUAACAAAAGAUGUAAUUGGUGACAACUUGUCGGAAGAAAAAUUUUAUCAGGAAUGUAAUCUCCUGAAAAUCAAAGCCUCAACCGUCUGGACCCUAGAGACAUUGAUUCCAUUAUUGACACUUUCGUCAGGUAUAACUUCAAAUACUAUGUUGGUUUUCUGGUCUUUUACAUAUGUUUUUUAAUACUAAUAUUAAUUAAAUCGUGUCUUGUAUAUAAAAACAUGUUUUUGUUGUUUGUUUUACAAAUUAAUGGACAAUUUUUAAGAAACUAUAUAACUGCAUUACACCAGUCUCAGAUAAUACAAAUACAGUUUGUCCACAAAGUAAACAGAUGUACACGUCAGCGAUGUCGACCACAAUCUAAUUUAUUGAAUACAUUUUUUAGCAAAAUUCAGCACACAAGUUCUCUCAUCUCCAUUCACCCAAAUAUAUUUUCAUAUCCUCUCAUUUACAUAUCAUUUUCAUUUUGCUGUGUCCGCUGUCAUCUUUUAUUUAGAUUUUUUAACGACAUUUUUGGGAUCUCACUUGAUAAAAAAAAAAAAAUAUUAUUUUGGGCUAUUUUAUAUGUUUAUUCGAGUGUACUGUGGAGAGAGAGAGAAGGAAAUGAGUGGAAGUUGCUCUUCAUGCUCACCACCUUAAACCCAAGGCCACAUUGUCUCUCAUUUCACUCUUCAGCCCACCAGGAUGUAGUUCCCUCUCAUGGAGGAAUGUGUGAACAGCUCUGUGAAUAACUGAAUUAGUUUGUAUUGGGUGUAUUUUUCCAUGCAGAUUGCUUUGUAUCGGUUUGUGCCUGUUUAACACAUUUUCCUUUGUUUACACAUUCCAUGAAACAUCAAGGCUUAAUGUUCGUUCCCUGCUAUGUUGCAUCAUAACUG